CACAGACACAAGUUCUUCAAGCCAAGGCGUGUUCGGAAUUAAUACACUACAAUACAACAACAGGGUCCACACCAUCCGAGAUAUGCUUAGACCUAGACAACGAGUAAUCUCAGCAUGCUAUCACUGUCGUCGACAGCAUCGUGGAUGCAACUACUACAGACCAUGCAAUAACUGCAGAAUACACGGUUAUGAUUGCAAUAAUAGUAGUAAUGAAUCUUCUUCAAGGGAUUCGGCUAUAGAACAAUCUUCAAGUUCUUCUAUUGCAUCAAAUGGAAAUCAACCAGAAG